CCAGCCAACCAGGACUCGUCCUGGCCAAGGCUGGCACAAUAAAACCACAGAAUAUGUUCGCCAACUGGCAGAGCAGAUGGACAUUCCAGAGACAGAGAGUGGGCCGGAGAAAGAGAGGGAACGUUACAAAAGAAAGAGAGGGCGAGCGAGAAAGAGAGCAGAAACAUAAGGGUGGUGACUGCAACCGCUCUCUGCAGGACCUGGUCCUGAGCCAGACUCAGAACCUGAACCUGAAUCCGAACAGACUCCGAGCAGAAUCAGGACAGAUGGGCCAAGUGCCGCGAGUGCGGAGAGUUGCCUUUCCCAUUUGAAUGGGACAAUAUGAGAAUACGAGAAUUCCAACUAGACGCGGCGGUGGUGGCGGCGGGUACUUAAAGAGGAACAGAUUGCGGGCGGCCAGCAGUCGAAACUGGAAUUUCGAAACGCAAGGAACUAGAGAGGUCCACACAGCAAACCAAGUGAAAGUCGAAAAGUGUAUUGAAGUGAAAAUGAAUCUGCUCAUGGAUAGCCUGCCGUCGCAUGCGAGUCCUGGCCAGCGUCGCUCCACGCCGCCUCAGCAUGCCGAGCUGAGGAUCUCGACAUCGUCGCCACAGCAGCAGCAUCACCAGUCGCCGCAGCCAAAUCCGGCCACCAAUCAUAAUAAUAACAACAAUGAGACGCCCACAUCGCCAGCCGGUGGAAAGACCACUCUGAAGCGCGCCUUCGAUGUGGCCUUUCUCAUGAUGCCCGACGAGCGGAUCAAGCAGAAGCAGGCCGAAAAGCAGGCUCGUCUCCAGGAGGCACUGCAACACCAUCACCAUCAGCAGCAGCAGCAGCAGCAACAGCAGCACCAGAUGAACCACUAUCCCACAGAUCUGUCGCCUCGAGGAGGAGCUUCGUCGCAACCACCUUCGCCGGCGGCCUUGGAGUACAUCAGCCUGUUGGAGGCACGCCAGCGAUAUCCCCAGAUCAGCAUCCGCUCGCCGAGGGUUUACGAUGAUCCCAGUGUGAUCAUACCCCUGGUGGAUUCGCCGGAGGCCCCGUCAACGGCAUCACCACCACCGCCGAUGCGCAGUGCUUUCACCAAGGUGGCCUCCUCGUCGCUGUCCACCUCCUCGUCCUCACCGUCCACAACCUCCCGCCUGGAGUCACCCGUGGACGUGGGUGCUCCGCCCCUGAGUCCCGACCAGCUGAGCUGCGACUCGAUGAGUCCGCCAUUGGUAACGCCACCGCCGCGGACCAACAGUGGUGGUCAAAAUCAGAGCGCCCUGCCUGCCAGCCCCAUUGUGUACCACAACUUCCGGCCGGAGUAUCAGUUCAAUGGAGCCUUCCAGGCGGUGAAUCCCAUGCAGGCGUUGCAGGCGCAGCAGCGACUCAAGCAGCAGUUGCUGUACACUCGUCCCCCGGGUCCGGGAAAUGUGGGAAACGGAGGUCCCAUGCCGGGGAAUUCCCCGCCAGGACCACCGGCGGAGUUUCUGCAUGCCUAUCCGGGAUUCGCUCCACCACCGCAUCCAUUCACGGUGGCUCAGCCCCUGCAAAAUCCCGCUGCGGCAGCCAUACUCUCCACGCUGAUUCCACCCACCCUGGCAUCCACUUUCACACUGACCGCGCAGAACGUGUGCGCCAAGUGCAACAUAAGUUUCCGCAUGACCAGCGAUCUGGUGUACCACAUGCGGUCGCAUCACAAAAGCGAGGUGGCCUGCGAUCCGAAUCGCCGCAAACGCGAGGAGAAGCUCCGGUGUCCCGUCUGCCAGGAGACCUUCAGGGAGCGGCACCACCUGACGCGGCACAUGACCGCCCACCAGGACAAGGCCAGCGAUCACCAGCCGCAGCUGGAGGACACGUCCUCCUCUGCCGGCGACAACGAGAUCAUCAACGUGGUGGGGGGCACUCCGCCAGGUCGUCGAAUGGGCGGCAUGCCCAAAUGAUCGAAGCAUUUCUUCGGAUAUUUCUAAGACAGCUCAUCCCCAGGACCCAUCACCCAUACGUUGGUUUUCCUUGGUCUAGUCAUCUAGUAAUGCCCGUUUUCGAUUGUGAUAUUAAUUUUAGUUCUACCCACGCUCCGAUUUAAUUUCCCUUAGUCUUAAAUGUAGUGCAAUUCGUAUCUUAAACAUAUAACUGGAUCUCCCCGUGUCUGUAUUAAUUCUUUGUCUUUUCCUGGGACCCGAAUGGGUCUUCAGUUUGAUCAUUGUAAGAUAUUAUGGUUAAGUUGCAGAUCUGCUAGUAAUAGCAUUCAAUGUGUGGCUGAGUGUUUUAAUA